UACAUUCCAUCCCCCGCCCACCUAUUUUUAUUCUUGAAGAAAAAGGAUCUGUGUAGCACCAAAAAAGUUCUUUUUUUUUUUAAAAAAAAAGAAAGUUUGAUGGAAAAAUUGGGUGGGGGAUAGAUGGCAGCGCAGGACCAAUCGGCAGGGAGGCCGCCAGAUUUUGGUCUGCCCGAGGCGGUGUUAUCGGUGAUUCCUUCCGACCCCUUCGAGCAGCUGGAUGUGGCGCGAAAGAUAACCUCCAUCGCCCUCGCCACCCGCAUCUCCAAGCUCGAAUCCGAGGCUGCCCACCUCCGCCAGCGCCUCGCCGAGAAGGACGACCUCGUCGCCGAGCUCCGUGCUAAAGUCGAGACCUUCGACGCCUCCCUCGCCGACGUCUCCGACCGCCUCGCCCGCGCCCACGAGGAAAAGGAAACUCUCUUGAACGAGAAUGCUUCGCUUUCCAACACCAUCAAGAAGCUCAACCGAGAUGCUUCUAAGUUGCAAAUUUUCAAGAAAACACUCAUGCAAUCACUUCAGGAGGAAGAAGAGAGUCCUCAAAUAGGAGCUCCCAGGGUGGUUCCAGAAAAGAUGACAGACACUGCUAGUUUCUCAACCGGAUCACUUGGUGGAGACAAGGAUGCAGCCCUGCCCCCAUUGAACUCAUCUUCUGUACAAAGUCAGUUCUCAGAGACUGCAAGUUCAAUUUCAGUGGAUGGUGGUUAUAGUGAAACAGAUGGCUCCAGACAAGGCAAACCAUAUGUGUUAUUAACAUCACGGGGUAGCACACCAAGGCUUACUCCACCAGAUUCUCCUCCUAGACGACAUUCUAUUUCAUUUUCAACUACAAGGAACCUGUUUGAUGAAAGGUCAUCGAUAUUUUCUUCCUUGCCAUCAAGCCAUCACCACUCAUUAAGCUCUCCCUUUGACCCGGGAGCUCAAACAGGACGGACCCGAGUUGAUGGAAAAGAGUUCUUUCGCCAAGUCCGGAGCCGUCUGUCUUACGAGCAGUUCAAUGCUUUUCUAGCCAAUGUAAAAGAAUUGAAUGCACAUAAACAAACAAGAGAGGAAACACUUCAAAAGGUUGAUGAGAUUUUUGGUCCAGACAACAGGGAUCUUUACACCAUAUUUGAAAGUCUGAUCACCCGUAAUCUCCAUUGAGUAGGAAACAGGUGGAAAUGAUAUGCUUUCCCUCUAAGAGCUGGAUGAGUCAUGUUAAUUCCCAUUUGUUGUUUCUUUCAUAAUUUUCAUAUGUAUGAAAUGGUGAGCUCUAUUUAUUUGUGUUAAUAUUUAAUUGUAAGAUAAUUUAGGUUAUAUGUUUGUGCUAUACUCAAACACUACCUGUAAUAAUCAGUGUGUAAAAUGGUUGUAAUGGUAUUAAUCUUCAGAGACUUUGGAAAAAUUGUAAAAAGAGGAAUGGGUGACCAAUGUCUCAUCUUCCUUUUAGAUGA